AUGGGAGGGAGUCCUGAGCGCUACUGCCUACGCACAGCUGUUGAGUUUAAUGGGACCCUUAGGCUUAUAAGGAGGGCUGGCUCUUCCACCUGCGGCGACUGCUGGGCUCGCGGGAGAAGUGGCGAGCCGGGGACGGCAGCCCUCCCGGGGGCGCUGGGCCGGGCCGAGGCCGAGGCCGAGGCCGGGCGCCGCGCUCCGUCCGUGGCGGCCGUGUUGCCGGCGGGGGGGAGCGGGGAGAGGAUGGGCGUCCCCACCCCGAAGCAGUUCUGCCCCAUCCUGGAGAGGCCGCUCAUCAGCUACACCCUGCAGGCCCUGGAGAGAGUAUGCUGGAUAAAGGACAUCGUCGUGGCAGUAACUGGAGAGAACAUGGAAGUGAUGAAGGAUAUUAUUCAGAGGUACCAGCAUAAACACAUCUCACUAGUUGAAGCUGGAGUGACCCGCCACAGGUCAAUUUUCAAUGCACUGAAAGCACUGGCAGAGGAUCAGCCCAAUUCUAAGCUCGCUAAGCCAGAAGUGGUGAUUAUCCACGAUGCUGUGAGACCAUUUGUUGAGGAAGGCGUCCUCCUUGAAGUUGUCAUAGCUGCUAAGGAACAUGGGGCAGCAGGAGCAAUUCGACCUCUUGUAUCUACUGUCAUCAGUCCAUCUGUUGAUGGUUGCUUAGACUACUCACUAGAACGUGCCAGACACAGGGCAAGUGAAAUGCCACAAGCCUUUCUAUUUGAUGUGAUCUAUGAAGCAUAUCAGCAGUGUAGUGACUAUGACUUGGAAUUUGGAACUGAGUGUUUGCAAUUGGCUCUAAAAUACUGUCACACGAAAGCCAAACUUGUAGAAGGAUCACCUGAUCUGUGGAAGGUGACCUACAAACGAGAUCUGUAUGCAGCUGAAUCGAUUAUUAAGGGUAUGUUUGUCCUUGUGACUCAUGUAAAAGUCACAUCUGGGGCUCUGUGUCAUGCUGACAGAGAUCUUCAACAAAUCAUCUUAGAGCCAUGCUACAAUUUUGUUUGUGUGAAUGUUAUGACCUCUGAUUUUGAAGAAACCCAGAAAUUACUGAAUAUGCUCGAAAAGAGUAAUCUUUCCAUUUUAUAUCCUGUUGUUGUUAUUUCAGUGCAUUUUCUUGAUUGUAAAUCAGUACCUUUUGGUCAGAAAAUGGAACACCUAAUGCAGAUUAGAGAAUUAGCAAAGGAAGUGAAAAAAAGAAAUAUUUUAUUAUGUGGCCUUCUCAUAUAUUACCCACAGGAUAAGCAGAAGCUACAGGAAAGUUUAAGGCAAGGUGCCGCUAUUAUUGCCACCUUAAUCAAAGAAAGAAAUCCUGGACUUGUUGGUCAGCUAUUGAUAGCGUGAAGAACACAGAAAAUUACCUACUGAAUUUUUAGAAAUGUUUACCUACGUAUCUCUUUUGUGCUUCCCUCCCUAUUGUAUGUGGUAGAAUA